AUGAUACACAUAUUCGUAGGACUGCUGGUGUUCGUGUCGCCUUCUCUUGCGGUGGAGUCCAUAUUGACCAACUACCACGAGGCCGUAGGAAUCCCACAGGCGCAAAGGAUCAAAGGAACGGAAAAUGCUGUUGACUUCGAUGGCACCAGGAUCGUCGGCGGAUCCGCAGCGUCCGCGGGGUCACAUCCGCACUUGGGCGGGCUCGUGAUUACCCUAACGUCAGGUGGAACUUCAGUGUGCGGGUCGUCCAUGCUAUCGAACACGCGAGCGGUGACAGCCGCCCACUGCUGGCGCGACAACAGGAACCAAGCGAGGCACUUCACCGUGGUGUUCGGCUCCACCCGGCUGUUCUCGGGCGGGACGCGACUGACCACCUCCAGCGUGGCGCUGCACUCCGGGUACAACGCCAAUACGCUCGUCAAUGACGUCGCCAUGAUCUCAUUCAACAACGUCGCUUAUACGAAUAUCAUCCAACGGAUCAGCCUGCCAAGCGGCUCUCUGCUCACCUCCAACUUCGCUGGUACCAUGGCACAGGCGGCAGGGUUCGGAAGGACCAGUGAUAGUAAUAAUACACUUUCAAAUAAAUUCCUGAGUCACGUGACCCUACAAGUCAUCACUAACUCCGUGUGCCAAAGAGCAUUCGGCAACAUAGUGGUGGCGUCCACCCUGUGCACCAGCGGGGACGGCGGCCGCAGCACCUGCAGCGGGGACUCCGGCGGGCCGCUCGCCAUCACCAGCGCCGGGCAGCGCGUCCUGAUCGGCAUCACGUCGUUCGGGUCGUCGCGCGGCUGCCAGCGCGGCUUCCCCGCCGGGUUCGCGCGGGUCACCGCCUUCCGCUCCUGGAUACAACAGCAACUGCAACCAGACAGCGCAGCCCACCCCAUGGACGCUCGGCUAGCGGAGCCUUGGAGGCGAAGAACGAAGGUUUUAGAAUGUCAGCCGUUUUGUUACGGCAAGCCGUCAUGCUGCUCGACGGUGUCGCUGGUGUCCUGGAAUACCCCGCUGGGCCAGAACCAGCCUGCCGGGACCGCGAUGAGAGCGGUGCGCCAGUGUAUGUUCCGCCGUGUCUUCCUCGUGGCAGUCGCUGCAGUGGUGGCACUGAGCCGUCGAUUCCUUCCAGGCAACACGAUGCAGUUACCAACCAAAACAAUCGUGGCCGAUGAAGCAUCAGCCAGAAGUACGAAUCGUGAUAAGUACAGGAAGACUGAUAGCAGCGCCUGGGUUUUCCAAACUGUUAUCGGUGGCCGGUGGAUUAUGAUCUUAUUUAAUCCAACUUGGGAGAAUUUGAAAGAUCGUGGCAUCGUGGCUGUUAUUCUGGACAACUGCAUCCUGGGCUUGGACUUCAUGAAGACGCAUAGUUACGAGAUUGACGUUAAACAAGGAGGAUUAAAAUGUGGUCCAAAUUGUGCUGCAGUUAAAGGUCCUCACACACGUAGCAAAGGUGCGCUGAAAUUAUACAACGUUGGAGAGCUGUGGAAAAGAAUUGCAUUAGACGUCGCCGGCCCGUUUCCGGAAAGUGACAGUGGAAACAAAUACUUCAUGGUGGUCAUGGAUUAUUUCACCAAGUGGCCCGAAGUCUUUGCCAUUCUAAAUCAAGAAGCCUCGACGAUCGCCGAUAAAUUAAUACACGAAGUGUUCUGUCGGUUUGGAGUACCCCUAGAAAUACACAGUGACCAAGGAAGGAAUUUCGAGUCCCAGGGAACCUUUAAACUGGUAGUAGCCAUGAAGGUCUUCGCAGCAGUACUGAUGGCGUUGGCGGCCGUGGUCGUGGCAGAAGAGCCCAUCGAACUCGACUACCACAACAAGAUCGGUAUCCCCCGGGCCGAGAGUCUUAGACGCGCCGAGGAAGCCGCUGACUUCGACGGUACCAGGAUUGUGGGUGGUUCUGCCGCCAACGCUGGUGCUCACCCCCAUCUUGCUGGACUUGUGAUCGCUCUCACGGAUGGCAGAACUUCCAUCUGCGGAGCUUCCUUACUGACCAACACCCGCUCCGUGACCGCUGCUCACUGCUGGAGGACCAGGAACGCCCAGGCUCGUCAGUUCACCCUCGCUCUUGGCACAGCUAACAUCUUCUCCGGAGGCACCAGGGUCACCACCUCCAAUGUCCAGAUGCACGGCAGCUACAACAUGAACACCCUCCACAACGAUGUCGCCAUCAUCAACCACAACCAUGUUGGUUUCACCAACAACAUCCAGCGCAUCAACCUAGCCAGUGGAAGCAACAACUUUGCUGGUACUUGGGCCUGGGCUGCCGGCUUCGGAAGGACCUCCGAUGCUGCUUCGGGAGCCAACAACCAACAAAAACGCCAAGUGAGCCUCCAGGUCAUCACCAACGCCGUCUGCGCCCGCACGUUUGGAAACUCUGCGAUCAUUGCCUCCACCCUCUGUGUUGACGGCUCUAACGGUCGCAGCACCUGCAGCGGAGACUCCGGCGGCCCUCUCACCAUCGGCAGCGGCGGAAGCCGUCAGCUGAUCGGUAUCACAUCGUUCGGAUCAGCCCAAGGUUGCCAGAGAGGCUUCCCUGCCGGCUUCGCCAGAGUCACAUCCUUCAACUCCUGGAUCCGGGCUAGAAUUUAA